AUGGAACCACAGAGGACUAUUUAUGCCGGUCCAGUAGCUACCAAACACGAAAAUACAGCUCGCAAAAAUGCUGCUGUUAAACCUCACGUUCCUAAACAUCCUCCUAAUAAAGAGAUCAUUACCGUCCAUACAAGUGCACCUCAGUUAGAAACUCAUGCAUCUAAUGUUCAACAAAAUCAAAUAUAUCAAGGAGAAGUUAAUGUCCUCUCAGUCAUAGAUACAAAUAAGGAUAUCUUAUGCUGUAAAUAUACAGAGGACGAUAACCACAUUGCUGCUGGGUUUAGUGAUGGAACUAUUCGAGUUUUUUGUUGUAACAACGGUGACUGUAAGCAUACGCUUGUCGAUGACGAAACUCGUGCUUAUCCUGGCCCCGUGACCGCAAUCAAGCAUCGUCCAGUCAGCAAAGCACAUCCAAUUACCAACAUGUUAUUAUCAUCCUAUGUAAACGGAUGCAUCAAGUGCUGGAAAUAUAAAUAUGCCCAAUGUCUAUACACAAUACGUGAAAAACGACAAACAUUGGGACUAAAUUAUCAUCCACGUUUUAGUAAGUUCAUCACGUAUGGCGAUGACGCUAAGUUAAACAUGUACGAUGAAGAAGCACAAACUCAAGAGAGAGCUUUUUAUUCAAGCAAACAGAGAAACGUUCUAGACGGUCAUACUUCUCGAAUAUUUGCAUGCGCUUUCAACCCCAAGUCGCAUCACGAAUUAAUAUCAGGCGGUUGGGAUGAUAUAGUUUUUUGUUGGGAUGAUAGACAGCCGUUUGCGACGAAAUACUUUGAGGGUGUCCAUAUGUGUGGCGAAGGACUAGACUUCGACAAACCUGGAAGAGAGAUAUUGACGUGUUCCUGGCAAGAAAGAGAUUGCAUUCAAAUUUGGGAUUAUGGAUCUUGCAAAUUAAUUAACACAAUUGUACCAGAUAAACAUGCCUCAAAAUUAUAUUGUGGUAGACUAGUACCUCAAACAAACUUGAUGGUGUGUGGUGGAUCGGACUCCAAUAUCUUACGAGUGGUGGAUGUAAACAUGAAAGUCACCGAGUGUUGUAUAAGAAAUAAUCCUGGUGACAUAUACGCUUUUGAUUUUGGUACUGUUAGAAGAAAACCACGUAAGGGAACGUCAUCUUAUAAAAAACUGAGUGAACUUGGAAGUGUCCCUCGUGUAGCCUUCGUGACAGGAAAAAGACUAGAGACGGUUGAUUUUGGAUGA